AUGAUCUCUCUCAGAUUCCUCCCUCGACAUGCAGUCCCCCUACUACCCAGACUCUUACUCCUCCUACUCCUCCUCUCCGGGCGGCAUGGACUUUUUUUCUACGGCGCACAGCCCGUCUACGAUCCCCUCUGCGAUCUCGACCCUAUUAGUCCCUUCCCAAUCCAAGAGGUCGCCGCUCCAGAUGUAUACAACAUCACCAGCUCGCCCUACUACCCAACCACCCACGAAUUCCCCGUCUUCGAGCGCCAAAUCAUGCCCCAGAGCGCAUCAAGCUGCGCCAGCAGCUGUGCAAGCAGCAGCUUCAACUUCCCCGGCGAGGACAUCGCCCUGCCCAACUACCCCGUCAGCGUCAGCGGGUACGAGUAUGAAUCCGGUUCAGACUCGCCGGCCCCUGCUUCCAAACCUGCCAAGCCAUUCGGAUGCGACGACUGCGGCAAGGCCUUCACUCGCUUCGCGGACUUGAAGCGCCACCAGUCGAGCGUUCACUACCCCGUGUUCCGUAACUGCCCUGUCGAUCACUGCUCGCGGAAGGGCAGCAAUGGCUUCCCGCGUCAGGAUCAUCUCGUCGAGCACCUCCGCUCGUAUCACCACAUGCAUGUCCCCAAGCGGGGCGGCUGCAAGCGCGCUGCUAAGGAUAUCUCAUGA